GCACAAGUUUUGUUGCUUUGUUGACAAGUCCAAGUUGCCCUGGUCAUUCUAUGCUUGGAUUUCGCAGCGAGAAGAUGUCAGAAGUUUACAGAGAACCUAAGCAAGCGUUAGCAGGCUUUCAUCAGAUGUUAGAGAUGCCUCAAGUGUCCUUUUUGACCUUGGACGGCAAGUACCACGUCUGUGGACAGGAUGCUGUGUACUACACAGAUGAUAACGGUACAGAACGGUUUGUAGAGGGCGGGACAGUCGACCUGUGCCUGACAGAGGACGAGUGGGGUUGCGUCAUGCCGAUAGACGAUGGGUACGGGCCGGAUUUCAUAUUGAAGAAAUAUCUCGAAUGCCCCUGUGAAGAUUAUGAAGAGAUAGAACAAGAUGUUCCAGAAUAUGAGGAGAAAGUGUGCGUCCAAGAUCACGACGACAUGGAGGCGGGAAAGUGGAAUUUCCCAUGGUUUAGUGCUUGGAGCGUUGAAGAGUUCCUGGAUGAGAUGGAAAAUCUCCAGAAACCAAAGGAGGUAAACAACAUUAACAGCAUCAAGGCAACCAGCCACACGUCUCAGAAUAACGGAGAAGUGUCCAAGAAGUUUGAGAAGGAUCGGCCCCACAACCAACCACAUGUGGAGAGUCAGAGGAUGUGGGAAGAUGGCAUGACUAUCUACAUGUCGGAGAGUGAUCUGGAUGAACAGCUUCUGGGACAUGCAGAGGGAACAUUGAGUGAGAACUUGUGGGAAGACGGCAUGUCCAUCUACAUGUCGGAGAGUGAUUUGGACAAACAACUGCAGCUUCUGGGGCACGAUGAGGGUUCGUUGAGUCAGAACUUGUGUGAAGACGGCAUGUCCAUCUACAUGUCAGAGAGUGAUGGUUGGACCAACUACACGUCAGAGAGUGAUCUGGACGAACAACUGCAGUUUCUAGGGCAUGCUGAGGGUUCCUUGAGUCAGAACUUGUGGGAAGACGGCAUGACUAUCUACAUGUGUGAGAGUGAUCAGGACCAACAACUGCAGCUGUUAGGACAGACUAAGAGUUCAUUGAGUGAGAACUUGUUGGAAGACGGCAUGACCAUUUACAUGUCGGAGAGUGAUCUGGACGAACAACUGCAGCUUCUGGGGCACAAUGAGGUUCCUAUGCUGUAUGAGAGUGAGAAUCUCUACCAUCCAGUCACAAAGAAAGCUACCAGACUGUCCAGGUACGACCUACAUCACGGGCCAGAUCACGACGCUCGCUCACCAAGUCGUCCACUGAUUGGCAGUCGUGGUGACAGCAGGGGAAGGAUCGUUUUGGAUUGGUGUUUGUUGGAAACAUCCUUGCUUGUAUACACCACAGCUGGUGCAGGGCAACAGAGGAAAGAAGUUCACAAGACAACCCGAAAGAGAAGACUGCAGCAGACAUCUAUGUACAUUAAGCAGCCGUUCAGUGGUGUGGUUUUUGAGAAAGUUUGUUUCACCUACAUCUGCUGCUCCUGUUGGCUUCUUCUCAUGGGUUUACCAAGUCUUUUUACCCUUGUGUUUGGGUUACAAAAGUUUGGUAAGUGUGUGGGAAAAAGCCGUCAGGGGCAGCAACGCUGGCAACCUCCCACAUGACAGAAAACAGGACUGGUCCUACAUCAUCUGACUUGGCAUUACAAGAUGGAGGACAUGUGUUCUGUUGUGUCGGAGGUUGCCAUGGUUACUGACAACCAGUAUGGUUGCCAGGUAACCCCAAUAGCUGCCCCUUUUUGUGUGCACCUAUCAGUGUGAAGCUCAACAAUCUGUCCAAAUGUUCUACAUUUCAUCAUCAUACAUACAUGUAAAUACAUUGGCUUCACACUGGUUACAGGUACACUAAAAAUAUUGUUCUGACAGUUAGUCAUUCUGUUUUUAGUAGCUUUUAGUAUCUUUUAUAUACAUCCCUACAAUACAAACUCUAACUUGAACAGCACACCCACUACUUUGUCAGGAAAGACAUGCAUUGUAGUAAAUUUCCUUCUCUUGAUACGACUGUCCAUUUUAUACAAUAUGCCUGAAGGUAGAAAGAAUAAAACUAAAAUUAAAAGGCUAACAUAAUGGUAGAAAAUGUUUGAUGUCUCUCAGUUUGCCAAACAAUGUUAUACUUCAUCUAGACAUGUACAAAGGCAUGUUUUUUAAUGAUCAGUGUACAAGUAUCUCAGACUAUGUUCUCUCUAUUUGACAGACAAGUUUAAUAAAUGUGAGUGAAGUAUUGUACUUGA